ACCCCCCCAGCCACACAGAGGAUUUUAUGAUCGCACCACGUUUCAGCGGGAAUCUGGACUAUCCAGUCACGUCACCCUGGACCCCCACACCGGUUUCAUGGGAUUAGGACCACACUGACCUGAACUCGCCUAAAUAUAGGGAGCCACCAGUCAAAGUUUAAACAAGUCUCAUUAAAAAAAAAUCACAUAACGGUUAGUUAUAAAAUGAUUAGCCUACUUGAGAGUGGCAGAUUUUCUGUCUGUGUUAAAAUUAGUGGAGGGUUAUUUUAGACACAAGCCUACUACAAUAUCUGACUAAUUGAAUUAGGACAUUAGAAUUAUUAUGAUUCAACUAAACAGCCUACAAACUAUCAUUGAGAGUUCAAAUUGAGAGCUGCUUUAGUUUAGUCGAUAAUUUAUUCUCAAUGCAACUAUUAUUCCAACACUGAGGAUGCCACCCUGGGUGUCCUUUCAGGGAAGGGAUACUGGAGAAUGAAAGCGAGAUUUCUGCGUAUUUAAUCGGAUACACAAGAGAAGGAAGGAGACGGCCGAAUAAGCCCGUCUUUUUUUCUUUUUUGGAUUGGUCCGAAGAAUAUUUUUUGGCGUACCCCUUGGACUUCUGCACAAUGGGGAUUAUGCUUCAAGUUAUUCUAGGAAUGUUUCAAUUCCUGCUGCUCACCAGAAUCCCGACGUCCCAUGCCAAGCUCGCUCACUGGCGACCGGCAGACUCCCCAAAAUCCAGGGAAGGUCGAGAAGUGCGACGGUGGUUGGAGGUUUAUUCGCGGAGCGGCUGUGAACCUCGGGACACCCUGGUGGAGGUUUGGCGGGAGUUGCCGGGGGAGACACACCAUCUCUUUGUCCCAUCCUGUGUGUCGGUGAGGCGAUGUGGCGGCUGCUGUGCUGACGAGGCCCUGGAGUGUGUUCCCUCGCUUACACACACACUCACAAUGGAGCUGAUGAGAACCUCCUUCAUGAAACAUGAGCUCAUUGAACUGCCAUUUGUCGAGCACAGCCAGUGUGAGUGCAGAUUAAAAGAUCAUUUCCAGCCAACACCUACAACAAGGCCCUAUCUGAAGCCAACAAGAACAGACAAGAAAAGGGAGAGAGGGAAGUCCAGACAUAAGACAACUGGAGCCAUCAGAGCUGCGACACAUGCUCCCCUACCUCUUCCUCCCCCAUCCUCUCCUCCUCCUCCAUCACCUCCGCCCACCAGCCUGGCUCCUUCUCCAUCGCCAUCUCCGAGGCCUAGUUGUCAACCCUGCAGAGGAAGGAAGUGGGCACUGAAUGCAACGUCAUGUCAGUGCCUUUGCACCAUCAGAGCUGAGAGCUGCAGCCGGAAAGACCGGAGGCUCAACCCUCACCGCUGCAGGUGUGAAGCCAUGAGGACUUGAUGUGUCCACUGACUGAUUUUUCACCUCCUUUCCACCAACCCCUGUUGAUUCAUCACCCACUCUCAGUGCCAUGUAGCAUACGGACGCUUGGACAUCCAGUAACCUCAGACUGAAGAAAAUAUUUGCAGAAGCACCCACAACCUGUAGAAGCUCUCAUAGUUAAGCAACACGUGCAGCGUAACAGCCUAAAUAUCAAUCUACAUGUGUUUGUGUGUGUGUGCAAUCAAACAUGUUACCAUGGCUUCUGCUUCUGCAAAAAAGUGUCUGUCAGUCCACAUAUGCAUGCCUGUACAGACAUGUAGUCACAAAACACACCCCAUGAGUGGAGGGAUGACAGGCACCUUAAUGGCAACUUUGAGAGACAUGGUUUUUAGACAAUUCGUUCUUGGUGGACACAAUUACACAAACUCCUGCUCUGCUGUGGUUUGGGGGUUCUUUAGGUCUGCAGUUGAACUUAUACAAAUACAAGAGAGCAGUGGAAACACAUACUAUUUAAGAACAAUGGACAUAAAGUGGAUCAGUCUUGCACAGGGGUUCUUCGUGUCAACGCUUCAAUGGCAGUCGCAAUUUGUUGUUUAAAGACAAACUGCACAUGGAGAUGGAUUCCAAGGUGAGGUCAAGGCCAAUUUUUGUGCGGAGGAUUUUGAAAAACAGCUGCAACAGAUUAUAGAUGGACACAUCCACACUCAGACACACCAGAAGAACAUAGGAUAAGGACAUGAACUGGCACCCCAGUGUGCGUGAACCUAUAGUUGAGCUGAAUGCUGGGAUGGAGAGUAUAUGUGUGGUCUCCCCACUGAAAAGACCCAGAUGGGAUAUCCCUGCAGCCAUCUCUUUCAUUCAAAUCGUAUGACCAUGGGCUGGCUCUCCAAGUUGCUUUCCGGCAUUUGUUUAAUUUGGGCCUUUUGUCUCCAUCUUCCCUCGGCUCCUCGAUUGAAAGCAGCCGCUUUUCCUCUCUUUGCCUCUCUUUUAGGCAGUGAGGAGAAUGACAAUAAUGAGGCCUGGCGGCUGUCCACUGCUUCACACAUUCACACUUAUAAUACCAGGGACACAGACAACACUGCAAAUGCAGAAAAACACAAUCUCGCUCACUCUGUGCUACAGCAGGCACACACACACAUUCAUAUUUACACACACAUGCAAUGUGAACGCAGGUAGCCAUAAGCAUUUGUUUGUGCCACACAAAGUGUGCAAAUAUACUGUAUGUCAGUUAUUGCAAUUUACUGCAAAGUCUUCAUUUAAUAUUGUAUUAUAUGCCUCUGUUUUAUAUUUUAUUAUAAUUCUGUCAAGUUGAUUGAAAGAUAUUCUAUAUUGCUGAAUGUGUGUCUUUGUUUUGUUUGUUCAUCUUUAAUCCGUCUGCAUAAAGAGUCAAGCUGGGUGGCCGGCUAUGUAUACACACAGCCUCUAAACCAAUACCCAAAUGUAUUGAAUUUAAACAGACACGGCUAACAUGGGCCACAAAUGGGAGACAAUAUAAUUGUGUGAAUUAUUCAAACAAUCAGUGGGGGCAGUGUUUUCUGCAGCACACAGAAACCAAGCAAAUAGCCAUUCUCAGUGCAGUGAAGGGAAAAAUGGCUGUUUUUGUUGCAUGUUUAAGCCGGUUUAGAGUAUUAUUCAUUUGGAACAUAACUUAUUUAUAUUCUGACUGAAUCGCACGGUUUGACCCCAUGUUAGUUCAUGACUGCAUGGAUGCUGGGUAGGAACAGGGAUUUGAACUGUGAUUGUUUCAGAAAGUACAAAGUCUUGAGCAGCUUGUCAGUCAGAGUGACAGGCUAAACCCAGAGCUCAGAGGACCCAUUAUGACGGGUCAUGGAGUUUAAACCCAUUUUGACACUCAUUCAGACCAUUUGUUUUGUGCUAAAUUUGACUGAGAACAUUACCAGCGAUGUUGUAUCUCCAUGACAAACAGUAGCUUUGAAACUCUAUAAUUCAUGUCCGUAUUCUUCCCCAAGAUUCAUACCAUCCCGCUGAUUGAAACCGUCCCAAGUCUGAAUUAUUUGUGUCAGCCUUGAGCUAAAGAACUUUGUUUCAGGGGCUGCUGUGAUAAGCUAUGUAUUUAUACUCUCCUGAGAUGAGAUUAUUUUUUUUCCUUGCUUAAGUCCAUUGUUCAGUGUUUGUUAUAACUGUCAAUCAAUGCUUCAGUCACUACCUCUAUAUCACAACAUAUUAAUGACCAAGUAUUAUUGUUGCUUUCUCUGUGUUAAGACUUCUUUUAAGAUAAUAACGUUUUUAUUUACACUUAGCAAUAAGCAUAGUCUCCAGUGUAGAGAUGUGGAGCUGCAGCAGAUCUGUAGUGAUUAUCACUGGUUUAGAGGAACCUAUAGGAGUUUUCUGUGUGCGUCUUAUUAACGUGAAGGGAAGCGUUUUUUUUAAUAUGAGGAGAACUGAACUGGUCCUCUGAGUGCAGAUCAGACACUGUUUGAUAAUGUGGAACAGGAGAUGAUUUUCCCAACGUGUUUGUAGCCUAAAACUACUGGUGAUCUUGACUUUAAAGGACUCGUUUGACAUUUUGGGAAAUUCACUUAUUCACUUUCUUGCUGAGAGUUAGAUGAGACAAUUGAUACCACUCUGCUGUCUGUACAGUAAAUAUGAAGCUAGAGCCAGCAGUCAUUUAGCUUAGCUUAGCAUAAAGACUGUAAACAAAAUUAUAGCCUUCAUUUCUUGAUAAUGUUGCAUUUUGUGAACAAAUGUUUUGGGUAACCUGAAUCUCUGUAUAGUUUGCACUUGUGCUUAAAAUUGCAAAGCAAAUACUGUACAUUAGCCCACUGCGGGGAAAAAGAAGAAAAAAAGUUCCAUUCAAGCAGACAUGUACAACAUAUCGAAGACAUUCCACCUAAAAGAGUUGUGGAGCUGAGAUCAUAUGUUAAGGGCCUUUGGGGCUCCAGUUGUUUCCUCUUGUGACCAAAUGUUCUUAUUUCAAAGUGCAAAUUCAAAACAACAAAAGCAACAACAGCGAAUCCCUUCAGGGAGCAUUAGUAUCUGCUGUAGCAUCCCAUCAUUUCAACAUCACAACUCUUUAAGUUAUACAGCUUGGGCGUAUUAAUAUCCUACGCAAAUGUCCUGAUUCUGUGUCACUAUCAAACAUCAGUGUGCUUUAUAUCUGCACAGUCUAUAUCGCACUGUAAAGGUAGCCUUGUUCUAGCUUCCAGCGUCUUAGCCAAUAGAGUCCUCUUACUAAACUAUGUAACAUUUUAUAAUCUCUAAAAUGCCAUGACCUUGUGUAUGACGUAGUGCAUACUUUAGAGAUGUAUUUGUAACUUUGUUUUAGCUACACUUUGUAAUGAAUCUCUUCUCUGUAAAUACAUUGUACUACUGUAGCCUAUGUAUAAAGAAAACACUCUUUUUUUGCUGCUACACCAUUUGUGCCCUAUUAUGAUGUCUUUGUAGAAAACAAUGCAGUUUUAUGUUGUAUUAGUAUAUAAAUGCCAAUUAAUCGAUUCAAUGUCCACAUAAAAGUGUAUACUGCAUCGUCAAAUAUAUUGAAAAUGAUACCAGGAUACAACCAUGAUGUUACAGAUGUUAUUAAAGGAAAUGUCUUAUUUUUCAUAUAAA